UUAUAAAUUAGGAUAUAUAAUUAUAAUAUUAUGAUACGAUUAUAUUGGUUAAAUUAUUAGAAUUUUUAAAAUGGAAACGUCUUCGUAUUUAAAUGUGUCAAAUUUACCAAAGUCAUUUGUUACCAAAAUUUUGGAUAUUUCUAGUGGUAAUAACUACUCACUUCGUUCAAAUAUACUAAAUUUUGAACAAUGUGACAAAUGGGUAAAUGAAUUUUCAUCGCUGACUUACACAAAUUGGAUCGUAAGAAAUUCCAACAAAAUUAGUGAACGUUUUGUAUGCAGAAAGGAUUAUGUAUGCCAUCACAGCAGUUUCAAAAAAGUUGAUAAGGACAAAAAUCUAAAAAAAUCUAAAAAUAUGAGUUGUCCUGCUAAAGUUAGUAUUAAAGUUAAAAAAACAACUACUGAUACUAUCAAGAAAGAUAAAUAUGUUAAAGUAAGAAUAAUAAUACUUAUAGAUUAUAAUAUUAUUGCACAGUUUAAUAUGUACAAUAGCAUAUUAUAGUUGCUUAGUGCAUUACGUGCCUAUUCAU